AUGGAGAUGCUCCAUCCAAGACCUCAUUAUUUAACCGGUCACCUUCCCUCUCCGCGCAUGCUUAAUAGCGAGAUCCUGAAAUCUCCCGGUCCACAAAUGGAUCUACAAGAAGCCGUUUACACGCUGGCUGGUGCAGUGCUAUUUGCCAAGCACUCUCAAUUCGUCGAAUCUCUGGAGGAACACUGUGACCUCCUUCGUCGUGGGGCUUCUCUCAUCCCCCGUGCGCCUGUGUGGUUCAACAUCGGAUCCCUAUGGGCCUUAGUAGGUGACAUCCGUCGAGCGAAGGAUGCCUACGAACUGAGCGUCAACGAGGAUCGCGAAUUCACCAUCUCAUGGUUUUACAUAGGGAUCUGUAACUUUCUCCUAAGGCAGUACGGCGAAUCGGAGGAUACGUUCCGCAAAUGUUUGGCAACCUUCAAAAUCUUUCGCUCUGUUAAAUUCUUCGAUGAUUACAGUCUGGAUUUCCUUCUUGCGAAGGAUGAUGUGAUGUGGAAUUGCAACGUUGCAAAACGAUAUUCAAAAAUUCAGCGUGCACUAGGCGAACCAGAAACCAGCGGUCUGAAAUUACGUCGCGACCACUUCAACCUAUUUCUCGGGCCUCAUAAAGACUCCUUCAAGAUGGAGCGGGGGGUUUCGAAAACAUGUGGAGCCAAAUUUAGAGAGUCCUUCUCGUCGCUCCAUCGUCCCGCUGCUAAUCGAAAAAAUUAUUGCCUCAAGCCAGCAAAUUAUGCAUAUGUUGGCUUUCCGGAAUUGCAAGAGAAUGGCCCAAAAGUGGCUCUCAGAAUUCCUGUCUCCGGGAGACCAUCGACAGUUGGCUCUGAGCUCCAACUGGUACAGCCCAUGGGUGACGAUAUGCUGCCAUUGCAGGUUUUGCCUGUAAUUCCGCGUAAAGGCGUCUCCGCAGCUCCAAUUAUUCCUUUCACAGAAGAAAACCAUGAAAAUCUGGUAGUGAAAGUGAAUUCCUUUCCUCUCCCGCCCACCACUACUAUACGGAGAAGGAGUCAUACCCCCGUCCUCAGUUUCAUGGCCGCACAGCCCGAAACUUGCAGAAAGUACCAGGGAAGAAUCUCGACCAAGCAUACCGAAAGAGAACGCACGGAUACGCGAAGCAACGAAGGAUUUCCAUUACAAUUGGCUCAAAUCGCAAAAUCAGCCACAACUGCCUUCAAUGGAAUACAGCGUCCGGCGAAAGGACGCCUUCCCCUGCCCACUUUUGUGUUUCCCUCAUCGUCUCCACCAUCAUCCCCGGUAGUACAAGGAGGGCCACAGGCAGUGCACAUCACACAACCAUCUGCGGAAUUGUCUAACAGUGAUGACAGCAAUGUCGUUAACGAUGUUGCCCUCCCUAUCCAACAGAGUACAGGCAACCGCUAUUCCCAUGGGCGCUACUACACAAAUGCCCUAAUGACAUCGAUUUCCACAAACGGCACCGAAUCUGGUUCCAAUAGCUACGCUGUGCAAACUAACGACGAUGGAAACGAGACCACAGCUCUCACUACCGGUUCAAACAGCACCCUUGAAGCGCACCACAACAAUGAACAAACUACCCACUCCGCCGUUGCUUCACCAAGAACAUCAUUAUCACAAGAAACCUAUUCAGUCAUCUCUGAUGACGCGAGCAGUGUGGCAACCAUAGGAAUACGAUGUCCACCACCCCCUCGUCACCAGUUUCAAACUCAAACCAUGUGCACCCGGGAAAUCCACAGAAUCCACAACUUCGGCGCCAGGUCUCCCAACGUAUGUUGA